CCAGAGUUGUGAACGUCGAUACAAAUGAGUGUCAACCCGCCUAUAACACACUCUCCCGAAUUAUAGGGCUAGAGGUCUGGAGCUCGCCCCUUUCCAUGGCUCAGUUCAGGUUCCAACCUGCCGCCGACCUCAAAGGUCUGCCCGUCGAGCUCAGUUUGCUUAUCCUCGACAAGCUCCCCGACAUUCGGACCCUUACAAAUGCUGCAUAUGCGGUGCCGUCACUCUAUAACACGUUGUUAGCCGACGAUGCAUCCAUCUCCACGCGUAUCUUGCAUAGGGAACUGCCCGACUACCUCUGGACACAUGCAAUUGUUGCCCACCUUGCCCGGCGGCUGGCCCGCAGCAGCGGUGGAUUUGAUAGCUUGGAAACGAGUUCUGAUAUAGACUCCCUCGUCGACAGCUUUCGUUCCCUUCGAGACGAUGCACCCGCCUACAGAGCAACUCGUCUCGAAGCCGUCGCUAUUCUGCGCACCUACGGCAGGGUUGUUGAACUCCGAAAUCUCUUUGUAAAAGACUGUCCGUACACCAAGAGCCAAGAGCUCAUCCCGCUGCGAGAUUCUCUUCAACGACAACCCCCCGAGUCUUCCGAGCUGGAGCGGAUCGAACGAACAAUAUACAUGUUUGACAUUAUAUCGUCUCUCUGCAAAGGCAUGGUUUUCGGCAACCCAGGCGAUGCAGCGUACGUAUCCAAGUGCUACGAAAAAGUGUCGGCUCUCCAAAAGGCACUGGUGGAACGGCUGAUGGCGCCGUGGGAGCUGUAUCAGGUCUUGCACGUGCAGGCGUACUUUCGACGUGCUCUCUACGGGCUUGACCGAGACGAGCACUUGACCGAGCGAGUCCUUCCAGGGAUGCUGGUAGGCGGUAUCGACUUCGUCCACCAGGCACUUUGCGUUGUGGGAAAAGCCGGAAUCGACGACUUCAUACUCGGUCUGGAGAAGCGACUAUUGCGCGAGCCGCAGAACAUAUUUGGCGUCCUCGUGUCCCGCGGUAUCCAUCAGACCUGGACCCGAAUGAACGCCAAGACGUUUGACCACUAUCGUCCGUUCUGCCACGAUGGCGACCGGGCGGGAUACCAGUCUUGGAAGAACCUCGAGAAUCUGUACCAGAGGUUCACCCUGGACAACGACCCCAGUAUUCUCGACCUAUUUCACAAUUGGGUCGCGGCUAAGGAGGGGCGGAUUGACCUGAUGGCGGCGAGCUUGUGGAACGAUGGCCGCUGGGACGACAUUGAGCUGGCAAUUCACCCGCCGCGGGCGGACUGGUGGAAGGGGAUCAAACAUCAUUGGAACUCGAUGGCUGUCGGGUUUCAAGUGCUUACCGAUCCAGCUAUCGUCACUAUCAAGGAGUAAAGGA